CCAUUUAUUUCUGGGAAAAUCAGAGAUCUUGUUAAAGCUCCAGAAAAAUGUGAUUUGGACCAAGUCAAAAAUAAAAUUGAAAAAAUCGAAGAAAAUAUUGAAAAAAUAUUAAAUAAACUUAGUAUUGAAUAA